AUGGCCCACAUGCGAAUGCCUGCCUUCCAGCCUGGAAACCAGGAGCGUUGCUGCGCGCUGCAGUCGUUGAAGCCUGCUGGUCUAAUAGUUGUCAUGCCGGAUAUUCUCGGCGGUGACGAUAUCAAGGACGUGCGAUUGUGGCCAUUAACGAAGCACUAUAAGCUUGGCGCGUUUGAAGAGCUUGGUUUACUACGACUGCUCAUGCAAGUAUUGUGUCACACGUCACAUGCCGAAUUCCUCUGCUGCAGCUUGUACUGCGGUGCCGCUGCCGCCCAAAAGCAUCAAAUCCCAGCGACCGAGUAUCAAGGAGCAGUGAAAGUAUCAUGGGCGCUGCUUAAUAGUAAAGAGGCUGAUCUUCGUCUUUGCAGUGCUCUUGAAGCGGGCACUUUUGUCCUAGUGGCGGCUUACAAGUUAGAUGAACGAGAAGAACCGCGCUUCCGAUGGUAG